CUGUAUUAAAAAUAACAGGCUGCAUGGACCUUGUCCGUUCGCUUUCAUUGACAAAGGAGAACUACAAAAAAAAACACAUUAGAUAAAAACAAUAUGGCGGAGGCGGUGCUACAUGUCAAAUUUUAGUCAAAUAAAAAAAUCUUUGAUUUGAAAACAAUAAUAUUCAAUCAUCAUCAUGUCGUCUUUAGAACCAUCACAAAAUAAAACAUGGGAGCUUUCAUUGUACGAAUUACAUCGAACGCCUCAAGAAGUAAUCACAGACGCAACAGAAAUUGCGGUGUCUCCUCGAAGUCUUCAUAGUGAAUUGAUGUGUCCCAUCUGUUUGGACAUGCUAAAGAAGACUAUGACCACAAAGGAAUGCCUCCACAGGUUCUGUUCCGACUGCAUAGUCACCGCUUUACGUUCUGGGAACAAAGAGUGUCCAACAUGCAGAAAGAAACUGGUGUCCAAGCGCUCAUUGCGCCCGGACCCAAACUUUGACUUGUUGAUAUCGAAAAUAUACCCAAGCAGAGAUGAAUACGAAGCUCAUCAAGAAAGGGUAUUGGCAAAACUUAGCAUGUCUCAUUCUCAAGCGUCGCUGGUGAAUAGUAUUACGGAAGGAAUCAAAAUGCAAUCACAAAACAGACCACAAAGAUCGCGGAAAAAUCACGAUGACAACAGUAAUCCCUCAAAUUCCAAUGGGAACUCCGAAAGUACUCCAAACAACAAUGGCAGCAGCACGUCUGCCCCUAAAGAUGGGACUUCGACAACGGGAAACCCUACACCACCUGGCCAAUCUACUUCAAAUCCAGCAUCUGUGCGAAGUACACCUUCACCAGUGCUUUCAAGUGUCAGUUCUGUGUCAAAAAACACAAGUACCACUAAAAGAGCAAAGUCUAUUCUGACAUCAGAAAGAAGUGAAGAGAGUGAAUCUAGUGAUGGAAGAACUGAAGGUGAAAAUUCAAUGGACACAGAAAGUGAAAGCGAGCCACUGAACCCUAAUGAGAUAGAGCUGGUCUUCAAGCCACAUCCCACAGAGAUGACUGGUGAUAACCAGCUCAUGAGAGCACUAGGCGACAGCUCUAUCAGAUAUUUGAAAACUGUUGCCAAUGCUUCAGUGGAUCACUUGAGUAAAUACUUGGCAAUGCGUCUCACACUAGACCUAGACGCUGAAUUACCAGAAGCAUAUCGGCUGCUGAAUUUUUGCAUCUAUGUUGCACCUUCACCUGGACAGUUUGUGCCAUUAGCUGGCUCACAAACACUCAGACAAAUUAAUGAUAAGUUUUGGAAGGUGAAUAAGCCAUUGGAAAUGUACUACUCUUGGAAGAAAACCUAGAAGUAAAUACAUUUUAGUUAUGAUGAAUCAUAGCUAAAAGGGACAAAAGUGAUAAGUUAUAAGGAAUUAUUAUAUGAUUUAAGUUUUAACAUUGAAUGAGAUAAGGACUCUUUCAUUUUAUUUAAAUGUGAUAUAAUAAUGGAAUUUAAUGGAAUUUUCGAUGAAUUAGAGAAUAGAAUUACAGCUGCUUUGUAUAAAUGAAAAUUGCAUUUGAUGUAAAAUGUCUUCAACAGUACUUUAGCAUCCCCAAAAUGGCUACACUAAGGACUGAAGGUUUUAAUAUAAAAAAGAAAUAUUAGGAGUAUGGUUUACAAAUGGAUUUAACUCUCUCUGACAAAAAGUUUAGCUGUACUGUAAAAAGUUCUGUUAUCAAAUCUCCAUGAGAUUAAUCUGUAUUAUUAUUAAUGAAAAUUUUAUUUUAUUGUAAUUUAUUUUAAUGUACUUAUAACAAGAACACUGAAGACCUUUAUAUUACCUAAACAAUUAUUAUAAUUUUUAUCAACAAUAAAGGAUGUAAUGAAUUAUAUUAGGCAGUUAUUUUAAUAUUUAAUAAAAGAAAUUUUAAUUCUUAUUGUUUGUAUUUCAAAACAUUUCAAUAACAAAAAUAAAAAUGUAUUUAUUCUCACACUUUUUGGUUGGUGGUCUGUUUUGCACCUCUAAUCGUGUAUUUUCAAUCCCUGUUUCAAAACAGUCUCUCUUUUUUUUAAUUUAUUUAGAUUAAAGAGGUACAAAACCCUAUGUACCGUGGAAUGUUGUUGCUGUUUUCCAAAAAAAGCAUACUAAGCCUAAAUCAAAUAAAUAAUGAAAGCUUUUUAAAGUGCAACACCAUUCAAAUUGGCGCCAAGUUUAAAUGCCAUAAAAUUUAAGGCACUUUCAUAGCAACUCUUGAUAAAUCUUCGAAAAAUAGGUGCACAUUCAUUUCGGUAUAAACUGCCUUCUAAAUGCGUUAUAUUCUCUUCUAAGCGCUUUAGUAGCUUCUGAUUUUAAAACAUUGAGUAAUUCUACAAUCUCAUCUUGAUUCUCCGAAUCCCUGACGACAGUCAAUUUUUCCAUUGUCGCAAAAUCUAAUUCUUCUAUCCUUUCUGCUUCAUCUAUCAAGCGAUCGAUAUCUCUAAGGUAACUGCGAUAAGAUAUAUUCUCAGUGCUGCCUCUAUAGUUCAACAGCCUCUCAACAUGCUCCCAAAAGUCCAGCACUCUUCUUCCGUCCUUCAUUUUAGAUGUAAACAUAAAGUUUCUAAAGAACUUUCUUCCUUUCUCGUCGUUGAGUACAUUUUCAAUUUUAUCCGUAAAACGGUCUAAAUCUGCUUUGGUCACUCCUUCAAAAUCAUCACAUCCGCAAGCGAUGAAGCAAUUUUCCAUUUUAUGUUCCCGACUUCACUACUCCCAUUUUAUCGACGGACUGAGCUUUUAAUUUUAUGAGAGGCACAAAUAAGUUUCAUUAUCAAAUAAGUGUCACUGAUUAA